UCUGAGCCAUUUUGUAGUUACUCGGCAUUUUUUGACAAAAGGAUCGAAAAAUAUCACCAACCAUUAUUUUCAAUAAAUGAACAGAGAUCGUUGUGUUUAUUUGGAUUAUUUGUAAAAGAUACAAGUUCAUAGAAAAUGGCUCCUGCCGAAGAUGUUGAAAUGAAAAAUGUGGAAAGUCCUGCUGCAGCCAGCGAUGCUGAAACACCAGAAGUGAAGAAAGAUGCUGAUGUGCUUGCAGUGCAAGAUUUGAGAGAGCAUGUACGACAAAUAGAUAAAGCUGUUACUUCUAAGGAGCCAAGGUUUGCUAUGAGAGUUCUGAGAUCUCUUCCAAGUACCAGAAGGAAGUUGAAUGGCAAUGUAUUGCGGGCCAUUUUCAACCAACUUUAUCCGUCAAAUGCUGACAAAGAAGGACUGCUUGUGUUUGUGGAGAACCCUUUGCCAGGCGCCGUUGAUAUAGAACCACCUCGCUCUCGCAGUGCGCCCAAGCAACCUGUCCCAGAAGUUGAUGUAUAUCUGCACCUGUUGGUGCUACUGCGCCUGCUCGACACUAACAGGCUGGAAGAGGCUACCGAAUGCUCCCAGCAGCUGAUGAAUAAAGUACUAGCUCAGAACAGGAGAACUCUGGAUCUGAUUGCUGCUAAAUGCUACUUUUAUCAUUCGAGAGUGUUUGAACUAACUAAUAAACUAGAUCUUAUUAGAGGAUUACUUCACGCAAGACUUCGCACUUCAACCCUCCGUAAUGACUAUGAGGGCCAAGCAGUACUUAUCAACUGUCUUCUGCGUAACUAUUUGCAUUAUUCCUUGUAUGAUCAAGCUGAUAAACUUGUAAGUAAGUCAGUAUUUCCUGAAAACGCAAGUAAUAAUGAGUGGGCAAGGUUCCUGUACUACCUUGGAAGAAUCAAGGCUGCUCGGCUGGAGUACAGUGAUGCCCACAAACACUUGGUGCAAGCCUUGCGUAAGGCUCCUCAGACUGCUGCAGUUGGUUUUCGUCAAACUGUGCAGAAAUUGGCUAUUGUGGUUGAGCUACUGUUAGGUGACAUACCUGAAAGAGCUAUAUUUAGACAAGCUCCUCUAAGGAAAGCCUUGGCACCUUACUUCCAACUCACUCAAGCAGUCAGACUUGGUAACUUACAGAGAUUUGGAGAAGUUCUGGAGAACUUUGGCCCCCAAUUUCGUAGUGAUCAUACUUUCACAUUGAUUUUGCGCCUGAGACAGAAUGUGAUUAAAACAGCUAUCCGUUCUAUUGGCCUCUCAUACUCACGCAUUUCUCCCAAGGAUAUUGCUAGGAAACUGGGUCUGGACUCAGCUGAAGAUGCAGAAUUCAUUGUGGCUAAAGCUAUUCGAGAUGGAGUUAUUGAAGCUACUCUUGACCCAGAAAAGGGAUACAUGAGUAACAAGGAGAGUUCUGACAUCUAUUGUACUAGGGAACCGCAGCUGGCAUUCCAUCAACGUAUAUCAUUUUGCUUGGAUCUGCACAACCAGAGUGUAAAAGCCAUGAGGUACCCACCAAAAUCAUAUGGGAAAGAGUUGGAGAGUGCUGAAGAAAGGCGUGAGAGAGAACAACAGGAUCUGGAGCUUGCCAAGGAAAUGGCAGAAGAAGACGAUGAUGGUUUCCCUUGAAUGUGUUCUCCAUAUGUUAUUUGAUGCAUUAGAUGUUUAAUUGUGCAUUAACCUUAAUAUAAUAAAAUAUUUAAAAAAUGUGAA